AUGAAACGACGCAUGAACGGCGGCCAGGCACUGGUGCGCUCGCUGGCCGCCCAGGGGGUGGCCGUCACCUUCGGCGUGCCGGGCGCCGGCCAAUACGAGGCGGUCGACGCCUACUUCGACACCGACGGCAUCCGCUACGUCUCCUGCCGCAACGAGCAGCCCACCACCCAGAUGGCCGACGGCUACGCGCGCGCCAGCAACCGGCCGGCCAGCGCGCUGGUGGUGCCGGGCGCGGGCCUGUUCAACGCCUGCGGAGGCAUCUCCACGGCGCUGCGCUCCUCCUCGCCCAUCAUCGUCAUCAGCGGCUCCCCCGAGGACCGCCUCAAGGGCGCCUCCUCGAGCCUGUGGCUGGAGCCGAUCACCAAGUGGUCGGCGCGCGCGACGAGUCCUGCCGAGGUGGCGGCCAAGGUGCCGGAGGCGGUGCGGGCGGCCUGCUCCGGCCACCCGCGGCCGGUCUACCUGGAGGUUGCCGCACCGGUGCUCACGCAGGAGGAGGAGGUCGAGAUCGCCCCGCCGGCCACGAUCGAGCCGCCCGCGGGCGACGCCGCCGCGCUGGAGCGCGCCGCCGCCAUGCUCUCCGACGCCGAGCGGCCGCUGAUCCUGGCCGGCACCGGCGUGCACCGCUCCGGCGCCUCCGCGGCGCUGGCCGCGCUGGCCGAACGGCUGCCGGCGCCGGUGGCGACCACCACGGCCGGCAAGGGCGCCAUCUCCGACCGCAGCCCGCUGGCGCUGGGGCAUGCCCUGCGCGCCUACGCGCCGCUGGUGGAGUUCGCGCAGUCGCGCGACGUCGUGCUGGCGGUCGGCACCCAGGCCGGUCCGGCCGGUCUGCUGGGCGUCGACCCGGACCGGGUGAUCCGCAUCGACCUGGACGCCGGCGUGCUGGACACCGGCGUGGGGGCCGCCGACCAGGCGCUGGCCAUCGAGGCGGACGCCCGCCUGGCCCUGGAGACCCUGGCCGCUCUGGUGCGCCCCGGCCGGGCCCAGGAUCCCACUGCGGCCAUCGCCGCGCUCAACGGCGUGCGCUUCGGCGACACCGAGCAGCUCCAGCCGCAGCGCUCCUACAUCGAGGCGCUGCGCGCGGCCAUCCCCGACGACGGAAUCCUGGCGUACGGCAUGAACCAGAUGGGCUACUACAGCCGCAACUACUACCGCGCCUACGCGCCCGACACCUACUUCGACCCGCGCGGCAACCUGGGCUCGGCGCUGCCGAUCGCCAUGGGCGCCAAGGUGGCCCGGCCCGACACGCCGGUGGUCGCCUGCUGCGGCGACGGCGGCGUCCUGUACCACAUCCAGGAGCUGGCCACCGCGGUGCUGCACGGCAUCGCCGUGACCGUCGUGGUGUUCAACGACAACGCCUACGGCAACGUGAAGCGCUCCCAGCAGGAGGACUUCGGCGGCCGGCUGGUGGGCGUCGACCUGCGCAACCCGGACUUCAUCCGGCUGAGCGAGUCCUUCGGCGUGCGCGGCGCGCGGGUCGAGGACGCCUCGGCGCUGCGGCGGGAGCUGGAGCGCGCCUUCGCCGGCGACCAGCCGGUGCUGAUCGAGGUGCCGGUCGGCGAGCUGAAGCGGGUCUAUUGA